AAAGCGGCUCGCGCGCGGAGUAGUUUGGAUCAUUUUAAUCAGGAUGGAGUCACCUCAAGUUGCGGACAGUGAUGGUUCUCUAGACAAAGUGGACGAUAGUCAUAGCGAAUCUCCUCAUAAAGAACAAGGUAUCUCAGUCUCUGAAGAAGAGGUUAAACAGCUCGAACCCAUAAAUGGACAUGAAGUUGAUACUGGUGAGAAAAGACAACGUAAGAAGGUUCAGAGAUUAUCUGAAACAUGGAAUCGAGCCCAUGAGGCCAAGGAAGAGGAACGGAUCAAAGCAGUCCAAGCAGUCUCAGCAGCAUUUGAGGGGGCUACAGGGACGGCACUCGGUGAGAUCCCACUCAUUGAAGCUUCCAUACGAAAAGCAAAACCUGCUAGCCUCAAAUCACUGCAUUUAAUAAUAUAUGGUAGACCUGGCUCUGCAAGCAAAAUACGUAGCAAUCUACGCAAAUUUCGAGGUUUCGGUUUCGAAAUGGGUUCUGAACCGUACGAAAAAAAAUCAACAUAUAUUCAACAACGCCCUGCUUGUGAUCUACGCGAAGUUCUCCGCAUCUUAAACCUAGAAGUUACAGGUACUCGAGAACAGUUGGCCUCUCGCUUACUGGAAUUCCUACUCAAACCAACCGCUAAUUCUGUGAAAUGUAAAGGAAAGAUCGUUAAAAAAUAUAAACAAAAAAAUAAAUCUAAAGAUAUUACCUCUAAAAAAUCGAGAUCAAAACCAUCGAAAAAGAACACUGUCUCAAAUGAACCUAGCAUAGAUAAUUCAAGUCAGCAGGAUAUUGAUGAACCUGAUGAUAUGUCGUCUGAAUCUGAGAACUCAGAAAGUGAUAUAUCAGAUGCAGCUGAAUCAAUCGAAAAAAAGCAGCCACCAAAGAAACGUGCUUUAAGUCAACGACAAAAACAAAAACCUGUUAAACCUAGUAUUAAACGAGCUAAAAAACAUGAACUUAGUGAUACAGAAGAUGAAAAUGAUCAUAAACAUAUUCCGACUAAAAUGAAAAAAGAACUUGAUUCUGAUGAAGAAAAUGUUCCUCUGUCUAAUUUAACAUCCACAAAAGUAACUACUCCUCCAACUGAUUCUGAAUUAAAGAAAAAUAUAAUUGAUCUACUUAAAACAGUUAAUUUAGAAGAGACAUCUCUUAAAGUUGUUCGAGAAAAGGUAAUCAAAGUAUAAUGCGUUAUUAAAACGGGUCUUUUCUCCUUAUAUAACAUCUAUUGAUAUUUUGUUGUAUCACGAUAUGCUUUCUCAUUGGACGCUUACUUUUUUUGUUAGCUAGUAGCUUACAGUUUCAAACUUUAUUUUUGGUAAAUCGGUCAUAAGCAAUGUAGAACAUAGGAUAUACGUGUACGUAUCGGUUCAAGUUGCCACGCUACAUCUGGACCAUGAGAUAAAAUUACUGGGACACAUUUCAGAGUACUAGAAGUAACAGUGGAACCAGUGGCGGUAGGAAAACUGAGACAUAAGCAAUAUGAUUCAGGUUGAAUGGAUGAAUUUGGGGAGUUAUAAGUUUGAAAUAACUUUCGAAUUCAAAAUCUAAAAGAAAAUCAAAGGUGAAUGCAUUUGCAUAGUUGCUAUCAAUUCUAAACCAUACCAUCCAAAGACUCCAGCAAUUGAUCACAAUGUUCACGAGGAAACCAAUCAUCAGUAAUUCUGUAGACUAUUACCACAUCUUGGUUUGGUCGUUCUCAUAGUUUAUUUUUCACAAAUCCAUGGUUUAAGUUACUAAAUACUAAUUUGUUUAGUUUUGGGCAUCUUAUCCCUAACUUUCUGACUGUUUUAUCAAGGUCUCCCACGAAUAACUGGAUCAAAUAUACAAUAUACCAUUUUAUGUCAUCAAGAUCCUGAGCGUUAACGAGGUCAUCAAAAUGAAUAUGUUGUCAAACAAUGUAAACUUAAAAACAGACUGAUAGAUCUCAACUAUUUUAUGGCCAAUAUCCACUAGUCUAUCAACAUUCGUUUACCUUCUCCGGAGCACUAUUCAAGUAGCUAUUACUUAGGUAGAAAUAGUAGUUUUUUCUGCUUCUACAAAAAACAAUGAUAUUUUACAAUAUGUUUUUUGACGUUUUGAAUAUGGCGUUAAUUGCAGAAAAACAGUAAAAGACAAUGUAAACAAAGUGAGUGGAUUAAAGGUCACUAUUGUAAGUACUUAUUCUAGGCCUAUGGGGUAAUUUUGGAAUAAAGUAGUAAGAAUUCAAACUGGAUAAAUUUGAAACAAUGUUUUUGACUUAAUAACAGUUGUAAAAAAUUUUCGACGGUCAACCUAACACUUUCAGUAUCAAGGUUCAAUUAUACGAAAAAUGGUUGGUGUAUGAAACUAGUUUAUGUAGUAUAAUUUGACUUAGAAGUGAUAUGAACUGUACAAGGUGGUUGUUUGCAUUUCUCGGAUGUUUUUCGUCUUUAAGUAUGAUUGUUUUUUAAUGCUUAGAUCAAGUGUUUAGCGAACUUGAUUCGAAUAACCUCAUUCAUCAUAAAAUAAAACGGCCUUUUUUUGUAACAAAGGAGUUAUGGUUUAUUGUCGAUCCUCUUGAUAAUGAAAUUUUACUAAUGGUUAUUAUAAAUGUUAGUAUAGAGCGUUGAUUAUUGUGUUCGUGUCCCGGGAUCUAUAACACACCGGUAAACGUUUAUUGAAAUGAAUUUUUAAUAGAAUGUUAUUUGUAUAUAUGUGUUAAUGUAUCAUUAUACUAGUGUAAAUAGUUAUUGCAUGUACAUUUCAAUAAAUAACGAAAGAUACAGUCAUGAAAACAUAUUAGGGUGCAUAACAUUCAUUGAAAAUACUUCUAACAUGUUCUCAAUCCAUUAACCAUCACCAACUGGUUGAAAAUAAGUCAAUCACUAUACUCUUAAACCUGAUCCGAGCGUCAGAUUGUCUGAACUUUAUCCUAUUAACACUUCUCUUUUUUGAAUUUCGUUUCCAGUGCUAUCACAAUGUUUAAAAACUCGAACCAACGCAUUCUGUGCGAUGUUCUAUGCUAUUGUGUUUUAUUGUACAUAAGUUUAUGCAUGCUCCAUGUCAUGAUUAUUUCAGUUUUGUUAUAUGAAUUUAGUAAUGUAAUUGAUAUUUUGAGUCUUAAUUUUUGUUUCUUCCUGAAUCUAUCUCAUCAAAUCAAUCAUAUGCUUGUUUAUUAUUUCAUACAUUUUAGAUUUUUGCUAAUUAUCCUAAUAUUGACUUAUCUGAUCGCAAGGAUUUCAUUAAUUCCACUGUUAAAGAGGUAAGUUAAUACAAAUAACAUCCUAAUGGGUUUCACACUAAAUUAUUGUUAUUCUAUUAUUUUUUAAAUAACGACAUAACAUAUUCAAAACGUCACCUGUAGUAAUUGUUCAUCUAUCCAUUCUAUCUCAUUCCUGUAUAUGGAUACAUUCUGUUGUAAAGUGUGUGUUCAUAGGAUCAAUUUUUUUUCUAUAGAUAACAUUAAAAUGACACAAUAGAUCGUUUUGGGUGAUGGCUGCACACACGAAUAUAAUUUACAUUAGGUUAUUUAGGACAGUAAUAUCGAUGAUAUUUAUCAGUUCACUUUGUACUAUCAUGCCAACUUUCAUCUUGUAAAUAACUCUAUAAAGCGUAUCAUCUGAAGUAUUUGGUACGUCAGAUUACGUAGUAAUUUUUAAUGACUGGGACUAUCUGGUUUAAGACCCUGGACCUACAUUUUAUAUUUCAUGGGAUAUGCCAAAAAACUUGCUCACCAAACUACAUUGAGAAAGCUGAUAUUCUUUGUACAUUCCAACCUACCUUGAGGCUACGGAUGUUACUACAAUUAUUCAAACUUUUUUCUCUUUUAUUUAGGUCAUCUUUAACAUUACUACAUUUUAUAGUCAUUAACAUUAAUGAUUCAUCUGUAAUAUCUUAUGGUAUUGAUACGUUAUCACCAUAGCGUACUAAAGAUUUUGCCGGAUUCAAUAUUCUGUUUAGUUUCAUCUUUGGUGCUUCCACAGAGUUCAGUAUAGUUUCUACGCUAAAUUUCUCAUAUUAUAACCGUCAGAAAUAGUAAUCGUAUGACGUAGCAGAGUGGGUACUGUCAUCAAAGGAUUAACAAAAAUUUCUGAGCCCAAUGUAUGAAAUAAAAAUUCUCAUACCAGAUAAGUAUAUAACCGUAAAGAAAACGUAUAAGGUAUAUUGACCAUUGUCAUUUGAUAUUUAUUGUAAAAUGGUUAACUAAACUUAAAUAAGUAAAGCUAGAUUUACACUCGCUACCUAUUAAUUGAUAGUUGGAUUUUCAGACCGUGGAAUGAAUGCUAUGGGAAAUUCUCAUGUUUAAAGAAUCAAAUAACCUCAGAAUGCUCUUACAGGGUUGUGCUUAUUUACCUACUGCUAGCAAAGUUAUUCUCUUAGUACUUUUGCAUUUGAGACGUUCUUAUAAAGAAUGAGGAAGAGUAUAGAUAUCUGAUACUUAAGAUACUAUAAUGUGAACGAUAGGAGCAUAUGGUCUCCGGUACGACAAAAGAGCUUGUUAUAACAAAGUGCUAUAUAAUUGUAUAUCCUGACUCUCUUCAUUGCCUCAUAUAUUGAACCCUUGGAUUAAAGAGGUCAGGGGGGUUUAUUGAAUAAUUUGCUAGUUUACUUUAAUUUUCUUUUUUGCGUUACACUGCUAACUAAAUCUAUGCCACGCUAUCUUUUCAUUUUCAAGAAAGGUUGGGUGUAAAUAAUAUUGUAACCUUGUUGGGGAUGUUAGAUCCUCAGAACUCACUUGGUAAAUGUCUAAUUUUCCGAUUCUAUUUUAAAAUUUUGAAUUUCUUGUUUUCGCGCCAAAGGCGCCCAUUUUCACCUUCAUGUUGUAUUUCCCACUUGGGAGGACCCUAAAUGUUAUUGGUUCGUUGUCUCUUUUAAUAUGCUAUUUUGUGACGUUUCUCAAGGACAUUUUUAUGUUGUAUAUAUGCGAUUGAGUUGUGCAUAUUGUUGUUGUUUGUGCUUCUGAACCUGGACUUCUCCCUUUAGUUAACAUCGGAAUAGCUUAUUGGUCACUGAGUCUUCGUUCCGUUCACAGAUUGGGUGAACUCGUAAUCUCUUCAAACCUAGCAAGCCUACAGAAUAAAUGAUUUGUGUAUAGGAAUAAAAUAUAAACAUACACUUCUUUUUAUUUUGAUCUUGUCAUGUUCGUGGUAUUAAAUCCCAGUAUUGAUGUUAACACUUAGACUCGAACUGAGUGUUUAAUAUCAUCAGUAGAAUGUAAUUGUGUCCGGUUGACGAGUCCCAAAUAGAACGAAGCACGUAUCUCGUUCCCCAGUGUGAACCGUGAAUCACCUUUUCUAAAAACAUGAUAAAAUGCACAUAUAUCUAUAUCCCGCUCAGGAUACACACAUAUCAAACAACUAAGAUUGAUCAAAGUUCAAUCUCUAGCAUCAACAACUGUAUAGUUCAAACACUUUAUAAUAAUGAUAAUAAAAUUAUAGUCUAACAUGAAUAUUCUGUUAGGACUCAUAGGUUACAUUAGAGUAAUUUAAUAUAAGUAAUUCACAUUUAGGGAUCAGACGAUAUUAUUUUAAAGAAAUGAAUUGAUAAAACUGUAAAGUUUCUAUUAUUCUACAGUAUAUUAUCUACCAAUUUUUAUCUAUUUUUUCUUCCUAGUUCUUGGCUCAUUCUUGAUUUGAUUUAUUAUUGGUCGUAGAAGAUGUGAAUUGUGAAUGUACGCCAAUUUUUUGUUAAAUAUUAUUGGAUCACAUAUAUACACAACGACGAUCAUGGUGUUCAUUCACACACAUCAUUUAUUGUCUAAUAUUAAUACCGGCAGCUGUAUUUUCUAACCGUUGAUCUACACACACACACAUUUUGUUUUACCCUUUUGUUCCUAAAUUUUAUAGCCUCCCAUAAGAUACCGUACUGGUGUUAGCACCAUUCUUCCGUACCCAUUUGGAUAUAUAUAUAUAUAUAUCUGCUAACUUGUAAAUUUUGUUUUUCCCUUUCACAUUAAAAUAAAAUAGACAAACAAUGCAUUUCUCUACGCUUUUUUAUUUGUAUGUUUUAUUCAUUCUCAUAUAAGUAACACCACUCGUUGUCGCACUAUCCAUUCUUCUUUAUUUGCGGAAAAUCAUUACCAUUACUAUUGUUAUCGUUAUUCUUCAUAUUAUUAUUACUAUUAUCAUCAUCAUCAUUAUCAUCUUCUUUAUAUUAUUUUAAGUGUAUGUGUAUAUGUUUAUGUAUGAGUGUACCAGCCUAUAAUGUGAAGAUUUUCUCAAUUCAUUAAUCAAGAAAAAAUAAACAACAACAAUUCCACUACAAUGUCGUACUUUACUUUAAAAUAAGAACUCACUACCAUUAUUAUUACUACUACUAAUUAUGAUAUUAUUGUUUUUAAUAAACUGAUAUUAUAUAUGUACAGAUUUCUUUUCCCAAUAUGAUUGUUUUGUUUCG